GCUUCUUCACGAAAAAUUAGAAGGUUGAACUACAUGCAGAGUCUGGAUGAUGCCGAGUUCAUGUUUAGGUUUAGGUUAUCCAAACCUGCUUUCAAUUCGCUAUUAAUAAAAUUGAUGCCGUUUAUUCGUGUAACCUCCACAAGGAACAAUGGGGUUUCGCCACUUCAUCAACUUUUAUUGACAUUACGAUUUUAUGCGUUAGGCACGAUGUUAAUUUCUGUAGCGGACUUUGUUGGAGUAUCAAUAUCCACAGCAGGGAGAAUAGUUCGUGAUAUAUCAUCAGCAAUUGCGAACUUAUAUGAUGAAUACGUUGUAAUACACCAACAAAGUGCUGAAAAAUUCUACCAUAUUGCAGGAUUUCCUAGAGUUUUAGCUGCAAUUGAUUGCACUCAUAUACGAAUCCAAUCGCCAUGUGAGUAUUUCCUAAUAUUAUACAGACUAAAAUUGUAUAUUUUCUCUUCAUAAAUAUCAUAUAUAAAUAGAACAUACACUAUUCUUCUAUAUUAGACAUGUGUUAGGAAGGUUGGCUCAAAAGGGGAAGAACUGCACUCACAGAAACAGAAUACCAUUGUUAAAUAUGCUAUGUAUAUAAAAUGUGAUAACAAGGCAUUUUGUGUUAGUCCUCAGGCGUGACAAUGCAUCUACAUUUUAAUUUUAAAUGGAGAGCAGAUGUAGGUCUGUGGGCAACAGCAUUUUCUUACCAUCAGGUGAACUGCAUACUUGUUUGACACUUAUUCUAUAUAAAAAGAUACAUUAACUAUGAUUUCUUCUAGGUCAUGUAAUUGGUGAAGAGUUUAGGAAUCGUAAAGGUUACUUUUCCUUAAAUGUCCAGGCAAUCUGUGAUGCUGAUUUAAAAUUCAUGAAUGUGAUUGCCCGUUGGCCAGGCUCGACACAUGAUGCCACAAUAUUUAACAACUCAAUUCUCAGAGGUUUCUGACUGGUUUAAUAGUUUUAUUUGCUUUUGUUAUAUUUUAAUGUUAUCAAAAUGUACUUAAUUAAAUAUCUUUAUUUACAGCUCAAUGUGAUGCAGGUCUGUUUGGUAACCGUUGGAUGCUUGGUGACAGUGCUUACCCAAACAGGCCAUAUUUACUAACACCUCUUAUAAAUCCUGUUACUGAAGCUGAACAGCGCUAUAAUGAAGCACACAUAAAGACUAGGAAUAUUAUUGAAAGAACGUUUGGUGUCUGGAAGCGUCGCUUCCCUGUUGUGGCAUUAACACUGCGUUUAUCAUUGCCUAAGGUUCAGGCAAUAAUAAUUGCUACCGCAGUGUUGCAUAAUAUUUGUAGGAACCACAACUUAGAGGAAGUUCCUUCAGAAGUGGAGCUGCCAAUAGUGGAAAUAAAUGAAGAUAUGUACUUUUCGGAAGUUCAAGAUGUCAGUGAAAGAGCAGCACUUGUAAAUAAUUUUUUUAGAUAAAUAAAUACUUUUCAAAUC